CUUCCGUAUUGGCCUCAUCGCUCGGCCCGGGAUGUUGCCCCUCGCUAAACCCCCAGAGAAGAAAUACAUAAGAACCAGCAUUAACAGGAAGUUCAGCCCAUUUCACUACGGCAGCGAGAGAUAAACAUUCCAGUGACCAAGAUUUAUCGACAUGGCAGUGACAAUGACUUUUACAGAUUUCACGCAGGACCUUGGAGAAAAUGACAAUGACACAGACUACGUUUAUCAUAACUUCUCCGGCUUCGUAGACUACACCUGUGAGGAAGAAGAGCAGGGCCUGCAGACCCUCGGUGCUGCGUUCCAGCCGGUGUUGUACAGCCUGAUCUUCCUGCUGGGUGUGGUGGGGAACGGCCUGAUGAUCACGGUCCUCCUGAGACGUUGGCGCUUACUGCGCAUCACUGAGAUCUACCUACUUCACCUCGCCCUGGCGGACCUCAUGCUCCUCUUAACGUUUCCUUUCGAUGUGGUCGACCUCGUCACUGGUUGGGUGUUCGGGGAGUUCCUCUGCAAGCUGGUGGGCCUGAUGAAACAUCUCAAUCUCCUCUGUGGGAGUUUCCUUCUAGCUUGCAUUGGGUUUGAUCGGUACUUGGCAAUCGUUCAUGCCAUUCCCAGUAUGCGAAAUCGGCGUCCGAGAGCAGUGCAUGUAACUUGCAUUUCACUGUGGCUUGUCUGUCUGGGUUUAUCAGUACCAAAUGUUGUGUUUCUCACUGUGAGAAAGGACGACACUAACACCUCCAGCCUCUCCUGUUUCUAUUAUCAUCACGAUAUCCAUGGACACAACUGGGUUUUGACCGCCAGAGUCUUUGAUCAUGUUUCCUUCUUCCUACCUCUGACUGUCAUGAGCUACUGCUACACAGCAGUGGUGGUUACUUUGUGCAAGAGUCAGAAAAGCCAAGCAAAGCAAGGAGCCAUACGACUGGCUAUAGUUAUCACUCUUGUCUUUUGCUUCUGCUGGCUCCCAUAUAACAUCACCUUACUGAUAGAAACUCUGGUAGACCUGGAGGUCAUCUACUAUGAAAGCUGUCAACCUUAUAUCGCGCUGAAAGCCGCCCACGAGGUGACCAAGGGUCUGGGUUUCUCCCACUGUUGCCUGAACCCCUUCCUUUAUGCCUUCGUUGGGGUGCAGUUUCGAAAAGAGUUAAAUCGGUUACUGCGUCAACUUGGCUGCGGCCUGGUUUGUCUGCCGUUCAUCGGAAGUCAGGGUCAAAGUCGACCGUCCACCUCUGAUGGAGCAACAACCAUGAGCAUGACAAUCUAAACGGAAAAUAAAUCUAAAUAAACUCUUGUACAAUGCUUCUGUUCUGUUACAUUUCACGUGUGGUGAUAAAUCAUGUUCAAAUCUUUCCAGAUGUGCUGAUAAUACAGUACCCAUUGUAUUUUACAGAUGUUUUAUUUUCCCAGGUUAUUGAUGGCUGAAUCUGUAUUUGCUUGUAUUUUAGCAGCUGCAAAUUGAAUUUAAUAAAGAUUUAAUAUGUUAUACAA